AUGGCCUCGUUGGUGACUCGGUACUCGGUCAUCAUCACGUUCACGGGAUCAACGGUCAAGGAAGGGCGCAAGGUGAUGUUGCGUCGUGGGGACAUCGUGUAUGCUGCGUCGCCUCCACGAACAACGUGUUACGAUGGGUCAACCUUUGUCUUUGUCGCCAAGCGCCAGGAUCAGGUGAGCCGCCUCACUGCCAGCGACAUGAUCCUUGUGCCAGAGUCCAGGCUUAUGCGGCUAACGUCUUUCUCUAGCUCACCGUCGUCGCACUCGGCCUCGCCGCUGUCCUCAUCGCGCUCGCAUGCACGGUCUAAUGAUCGCUACGGGUCGAGCUGUCGGCACUGUGGCCACGCCUCGCACUCGCGUUCGUCGCUCGCCUCCCACGAGCUAUACUGCACCAAAGCGCGGGUAACCAAGACAUACAAAUGCCCCAUUUGCGAGCAGGUCUUUUACACUGAAGGCUCCGUCUCUAUCCACAUCGAUACCUUCCACCGGUCGAGCUCAACCCCUACGCGCGCGCCAGCGACAGAGCCCGUGGCGAGCUCGAUCGAUCACACCUGCCCGAUUUGCAACAAGACGUUCUUCUUGGCGUUCACCCUCAACAACCAUCUUGACAACGAGCAUGCGCCGUCGCCGCCGUCGCCACGUGAGCCUGAGCCUGAGCCUGAGCCCAAGCCUCAGCUUGGGCCGCCUGGGCUUGGAACUGCGCCCGAGAGCCGAACCGAUGAGCCGACCCCGACUCGCGAACCGCCACCUGCUCAGCCGCGGCUGCAGUCGCAGUCGCCACCGCAGCCGGACCGUCCCCCCUCCUUUCGCGACGAUGAGCUUCAGAGAGCCCGCGCCGCCGGCUCCAAAAUCAUGCGCGCUUCCGAGAGCUACCUCGACCCACAGAUGUCUGAGCUGCCGCUGGUCAAGGGCGAGACCGUGAUUGUGCCGCGGAUCUCAGCCUGUCGUCCGGGCUGGCUCUGGGUCCGCAACGCUGCCAACAGGGCUGGCUACGUGCCGGCCAUGUUUGUGGAUGAAGUUGCCCCAGAGCCGGACAGUAGUGGUGGCGCUAGCUCGUCGAGCAUUCGCCCACGGUGCCGCUUUUGCUACCGGGUGUACUCGUCGGAGGCUCAGCUCGCGUCGCACGAGCAGCACUACCAUCCUCAUCGGCUCGCGCACGAGCAGAAAACAAUGCAAACGUCGAUGCAGACUGGAGCGCCGACGCUUGCGCCUGCCGAGUUUGCGCACGAGCUGUACGGUCCGCGCCCAGCGGCGGCGCUGGCAGCCGAGGCCUGCGACGGUGACGGCAUCGGUGACGACGGAUCGGUGACAGCGCCGCUCCCGCCGCCGAUCCUUCUCCCUGCCGCCGCCGCUGUUGACCGCGUCGCGCUGGGGAUGUGGCGCGGCAUCCAGGGCUCAAACAACUCGUGCUACCUCGACGCCACGCUCUUCUCGCUCUUUGUCACCGUCCAGGACUUUGAUGUCAUGCUGGACGAGUCUGAGCCGAUCAGGCUGCGCCGCGAGCUGGCAGACUCGCCCGACCACAUCACAUAUGUCCCGCAUCUGCGCUCGACGCUCCGCAACCUGGUUGUACGCGAUCUACGGGGCCGCCUCUUUGUCGACGCUUCGGUCAUGCUCCGCUUCCGGCUCUUCCUCAACAAGGUGUGGGAUGCCGAGAACGACCCGACGGUCGGUGCAUGCGAGGAGGAGGACGUUGUCGACUUUAUCACAGUCCUCUUCAACCUCCUCCUUCCCGACGACAAGCUCGCGCCCGGCUACGUCUCGUCCGAAGCGGUCGACGGCACCAUCCUUCGCGCCUUUGUCCACACUCUUGCCCCGAUCUUCGACCCCGAGUCGGGCGCACUGGAGACCUUUAUCGGCCGUGGGCCGUCGGUCCAGGUCCUCCUCGACGCACACCUCGCGACUUACGGCAUGGUCUUUGUCGGCGCGCCGAAGUUCCUUAUUCUGCAGAUGCCGCGCGAGUACCACUCGGCCAUUUACGAUUUUAUCUACCCUUGCGGUGAGGUCACCGUCCCGGUCCGUCACCCUGAGACCGGCGACGACAGCCUUGCCCGGCUCGACCUCCACGCCAUCAUCUGCAUCGACUCAUCGCACUUUGUUGCCUACAACCGCAUCCCGGUCGUCGACGCCGACGGCUCGCUCGCCCACAUCUGGGUCCGCUUCGACUCAAUGGGCGACGCAUCGGCCGACCACGGCUCGGUCCCGGUUCUGCACCGCGCCAACAACCUCGCCCGCGCCCUCGCCGAGCCUGUCUCUCUUGCUACCCUUGUCGACUCGGAGCUCGCUGCCCAUCGCGGGCCAAAGGCCUACCGCUACACCGACACUCGGGUCUCUGUCGAUACCAAGCGCGUCCUUGCUGACGGCUACGCGUUGGGCGCCUCGUGCGGCAACGCGGUGGUGGAGAGUGGCGAAGAGUGCGACGAUGGCAACAAUGAUUCGUAUGAUGGAUGCUCGGCCGUGUGUGUCCGUGAGUACUGUGGCGAUGGCAUUCUCAACGCAUACAACGUCAGCAACCUGUCUGGCAAUCGGCUGAUCUUCAGUGAUGACUUUGAGUCCGGCACCAUUUCCGCGGCUUGGCAGGCCACAGGCGUAGCCAUCAUUGGCAACGUCGGCACGUGCGCCGCCCGCGGAUCGUGGGCGGCCCGCUUCCAAGGCGACUCGGUUCGGACGCUGCAACUGGUUGGAACGUUGGAGAAGGUGACUCGCGUCAGCUUUGACGUCUUUAUGACCUCGUCGUCCGGCAGUUGCGAGAACCCGGACAACGGCGAGGAUCUGACCCUCGAGUACAAGGUAGCGUCCGGCACGACGUGGACUAUACUUGCCGCUGUGCCGACGACCCACUCGACGUGGUCUUCGCACUCGAUUGACAUCCCUGCCGAUGUGCAGGGCAAGAUCAUCCAUCUGCGGUUCAACCAGGCCUCCUCGUCUGGCUCCAGCUUUGACCACAUGGUUCUGGACGACGUCGCCAUCUACGGCGGCCCGGCCGAGCCGGAAGAGUGCGACGACGGGACGCCGGACGCAACUAGCGUCGACGGCUGCGUCGAGUGCCGCAUCACGCCAUACUGCGGUGACGGCGUGGUGAACGGCAACGUCUCGACCGCCACUUACGAGUGGACAUUUGCCACCCACGGCCUCGGCCCCGAGUGGACGCUGGGAACCGGAGCGCGAAUCUCCAGUACGUGUGCUCAAGAGUCUAUCACGUUUGACGGCACGAGCGAUCGCACGGCCACCCUAACCAUCGACACCCUGACCACCCGAAUUGGGGGCAUCGAGGUGACUUACGAGUACGGGUCCGGAGUCGGGAGCUGCGAGAAAGUCGACUCGGGAGAGGAUCUUCAUGCCACAUUCAAGAUCCGCGGCGCUUCCGUCGAGCACACCGAGAUCCUGCCGCGCCACAGUGGCUCACUUGGCACACACCAGCUCGCCAUUCCUGCCAGCAUGCAGAACCGGAAGCCGACCGACGCGCCGUUUGAGCUCAUUUUCUCUCAGCCGGUGCACUCGGGUUCAAGCUAUGACGUUUCGGCGCUGGUUGGCGUCAACAUUGUGACGUCUUUGAGCGCCGAGGUGUGCGACGACGGCAAUGCGUUCACGAACGACUCGUGCGUGUUGUGCGCUCCAGCCAGGUGUGGCGACGGCUUGGUUUGGAUAGGUGUCGAGGCCUGCGACACGGCAGGCGAGAGCGCGAGUUGCAACGUCGACUGCACGGCCCCUGUCUGCGGCGAUGGUAUCCGCAACGUAGCGGCUGGCGAAGAGUGCGACGACGGAAGCAUAGAGUGCAUGCCCAACUGUCGGUAUGCGUACUGCGGCGACGGCAUGGUGACGGGGUCUGAAGCUUGCGACUCGGGCUCACCGCUUGGCUCUACAACCUGUACACCAAACUGCACGGUCCAUGGUGGCUGUGGUGACGGAGUGAUCAACCCGGGUGCUGGCGAAGAGUGCGACGACGGGAACGCCGUUGAUGGCGACGGGUGCUCAGCGAGCUGCACCUGGGAAGAGUGCGGUGACGGGUCGGCGGCGUCGCCCGUCUUUACCUCGCGGGCAGCACACGGCGGCUUUUUCGAUAGCUUCUCGACCACUUCCGAGUGGUUUAAUCGGUACACCACGCCGCUGAGCAACGCGGUGGUCCAGUCGGGCUGCACGCCGGCGAGCGACCCGUCAACGGCGGUUCUUCUUUCGAGCAACGGCCAGCGCGAGCUGGAGCUCAAGCCUGUUACCGGCUUUGCCGGCAUGUCUUUCACAACGUGGACGAGCGGCGUGGCGCGAAGCGCCGAGGCUGCGUCGGACGCGAGAUGUGGCGUGGUGGUGAGCAACACGACGAGCCAGCUUCUGCAUGUUGCCGCACGGACUGUCGACACGACUACCGGGGCUCUGCUCUCGUCAUAUGUCGAGGUGGCCGCUGUCUCGCCGCUCCUGUCGAGCGCGACGUCGUUCGCUGAGACUGUGGUCUAUGUCACGCCGCAGGCGGUGGGGAUGACCGGAUACUCGCUCGACGACCGGGCGCGGCGCAUCGGCGUCCAGAUCAAGCUCUAUCGGUCGGCGGACAGUGUCGGCGGCGCGGACCCGACCACCUUUGUGGACGAUGUCGAGGUCCGAGCCAUGCUGCUGCGCGAGUGUGAUGACGGCAACACCAAUCCGGCGGAUGGGUGCUCGAGCUGCCUUCUCCCGCGGUGCGGUGACUUUGUUGUCAACGGGGUGGAAGAGUGCGACUCGGGCGGAGCGGCCACCGGAUACUGCGAUGUCGACUGCACGUUUCCAGUCUGUGGCGACGGCCUAGUCAAUCCGUACUCGACCGGCGAGGUGUGCGACGAUGGCAACACUAUCAACACGGACAGCUGCGUUAACUGCCGGCCGGCGUCAUGCGGCGACGGAUUUGUUCACCAGGGCAUCGAGCCGUGCGACGCGUCGGCGCCUAACUCGGCCCCGUGCACUAGCUCAUGCACGCUGCCGGUGUGCGGCGACGGCGUGGUGACCUCGCCGGAGGAGUGCGAUGACGGCAACGCCAUCGACAGCGACGGGUGCAGCAACAGCUGCAGGGCGCCGCGAUGUGGUAACGGGCGAGUGGAGAGCUCUUCGCACCAGUUCGACCUCCGGAUUCCGCUGUCAUCGACAAGCGCGGUAGCGGACGCGAUCGGUGUCCAGUUUUACCCCGCUACGCUCCCGUCAUGCCUUGUGGGCAGCUCGGCAAAGGCAGGGGAGACAGUGCUGUUCACUGGAACGCCCUCGUCGGGCAAGCGCCGGCUGGUAACGCUCCUACCGCCCGGUACGCAGGAAGUCACAUUUGACGUGAGGUAUCCAGCCAGCUCUACGCCGUGCGAGACCGUCGACUCUGGUGAGCUGCUCGUGGUCCAGUUGUUCUCGUCUGCACAGAUGAGCAGCUCGUCGCAGAUUGGCGGGACGGUGACCAUUUCGCGGUCGUCUACGUCGUGGAAGUCGGCAGUGGUCUCGCUCACGCAGUUUUCUGGAUGGUCGACGGGGACGCCAGCGCCUCUCUUUCUCGUCUUUUUGCAGACCAAGCAAUCGGCGACCGGAGUGCGGUCCGAGGUGUGCGACGAAGGCGGCGUCCACACCGUGAGCUGUGAUGCUGACUGCACGGCGCCGUCGUGCGGCGAUGGCAUGGUGAAUGCGGCGGCAGGCGAAGAGUGUGACACUGCGGUGACGUCGAGCCUGUUCUGCUCGCCGACGUGCAAGAGCAUCAACGUGGUGUGUGGCGAUGGUGUGGUUGCACCGGGCGAGGACUGCGAUACCGGCCGUGUGGCGACAUCGCAGUGUGAUCCAGACUGCACGUUUGCUGUGUGUGGCGAUGGGUAUGUCAACUCGGCUGCCGGCGAAGAGUGCGACUCGACAGCGGCAUGUUCCUCGACGUGCAGGAUCAGCGGCAUCAACUCCACAUCCAGCUCGUCGACGACGGCCGGGGCGUCAUCGCGGAGCUCGUCGGGCUCGAGCAGCUCGACGACUCCAGUGGUGGCUAUUGCCGGUGGGCUGGCGGGCACACUGCUGUUGCUGGUGAUCAUCAUGGUGGUGACCAAGCGGCAGCAGAUGGCGCGGCGGCGGGGCGUGCAUCAGGCGCGGCAGCCGCGGCCGCCGCCUGGGGUGGACGAAGGCAUUCCGCUGCCGCCGAUGGGUAGUGGCGCCGGUAUGCCGCCACCGCCGCCGUUUACGCCUGCCGGCGUCAUGCCGCCUGUGCCCGGCAGCUCGCCGCUCCCGCCGUCGUGUCCGGCAGCUUACUUUGGCCCGCCAGGCUCGGCAUUUAACACGGCGAUCAUGCCGCCAUCGUACGAAGCGGUGGUGAGUAGCCCGACAGUGCCACCGCCGACGUACGGAGGUAGAUGA